CUUGUCGAAAUCUUUGUAACCCAGCAUCUCAACAACACAACCACCAGCCACCAGAUUCACCACCAGAUUCACGCCUCGAUUCAUAGCGUCCUCUUCUCUUCCGUCCAUCCCCCCAAUCCCCUCGAAUCGCAGCCAAACACACACCAGCCCCACGACCUGCAUCAUGGGCGACGUCCUCGUGGAAAGCCAGGCCACCACGGUGCCGCCUCACAAGAGGGCCGUCCCCUCAGCCAUUCCCAACAUCGACGACUUCGAGGGCUUGCCUACCGACGGCGAGGAUGACUAUGCCACUUUGAAGAAGCUUCAGAGGCAGUUGGAGUAUAUCCAGCUCCAAGAGGAAUACAUCAAAGACGAGCAAAGGAGUUUGAAGCGAGAACUAGUACGAGCUCAGGAGGAGAUCAAGCGAAUCCAGAGCGUGCCUCUCGUCAUCGGCCAGUUCAUGGAGGCCAUCGAUCAGAACACCGGCAUUGUUCAGUCAAGCACAGGCUCCAACUAUGUCGUCCGCAUCCUAUCUACCCUCGACCGCGAACUUCUCAAGCCCUCCUCCUCAGUUGCGCUGCACAGACACUCCAACGCCCUCGUCGAUAUCCUCCCCCCGGAAGCCGACUCCUCCAUUGCCAUGCUUGGCGCCGACGAGAAGCCUGAUGUGACAUAUGCCGACGUCGGUGGUUUAGAUAUGCAGAAGCAGGAAAUCCGAGAGGCCGUCGAGUUGCCUCUGACACACUUUGAUCUGUACAAGCAGAUCGGUAUCGAUCCCCCUCGCGGUGUCCUGCUAUAUGGCCCGCCCGGAACUGGCAAGACCAUGCUUGUCAAGGCCGUCGCCAACUCUACGACUGCCAGCUUCAUCCGUGUCGUGGGCUCAGAAUUUGUCCAGAAGUACUUGGGAGAGGGUCCCCGAAUGGUCCGCGACGUCUUCCGUAUGGCACGCGAGAACUCGCCCGCCAUCAUCUUCAUUGACGAGAUCGACGCCAUUGCCACGAAGCGAUUCGAUGCCCAGACCGGUGCCGAUCGUGAGGUCCAGCGUAUCCUGCUCGAGCUGCUCAAUCAGAUGGACGGCUUCGAUCAGACCUCCAACGUCAAGGUCAUCAUGGCCACGAACCGUGCCGACACGCUGGAUCCCGCCCUCCUGCGUCCCGGUCGUCUCGAUCGAAAGAUUGAGUUCCCCUCCCUGAGAGAUCGUCGCGAGCGUCGUCUCAUCUUCACCACCAUUGCCAGCAAGAUGAGCCUGGCCCCCGAGGUCGAUCUCGACAGCUUGAUUGUGCGCAACGACCCUCUCUCUGGUGCUGUCAUCGCUGCCAUCAUGCAGGAGGCCGGUCUCCGAGCAGUCCGCAAGAACAGAUACAACAUUAUUCAGACCGAUCUUGAGGAUGCUUAUUCAAGCCAGGUAAAGGGAACCAGCGACGACAACAAAUUCGACUUUUACAAAUAAACCAUUCGAACCUCUUGUUUAUCCGACGAAGGCUGUUAUUGAUGACAUGAGAUGGAUAAUGUUGAGGAGGAUCACGGAGGGGCGGGCAGGGGGAAGUUUGUCCACUAUUAGAAUCAGGCGGCUUCUUUUUCUAAACCUAAGGAAGAAUAGGGGGGAACCUGGGUAAGGAACAGAGAGAGGAGGGAAUUGACCAAACCUCGGGAGAUGAACCGAAAAAAAUGGUAGCUGUUGAUACCGCCUUUAAUGGAUCUACGGCGUUUGGAAUCUAGUCGUCCUGGGCCGCUGUGUA